AUGUCAGGUGAUAGCGAUGUUCCAACUAAAGCGACUACUGGAGCUCGUAGUGUUAACCUUAAUCCAAAGAGUGACGACGUGAUAGAUACAAUAAUCCGGAUAAACGACAUGUUGAAAUGGCCCACGUUGGUUAUUAUGUAUGAUGACAAAAGUGUGGAUUUUAUUCUACGGGUUUAUGAAAAAUUUGAAUUAAAUGUUAAGAAUGUGCAAGCGUCAUUCUACGAUGUUUCUGACUGGAUUGGAAAAGAAAAUGAUUUGUUAUUAACAAUAAACCAGAAUUUCUUUCCGAACAUUUCAAUUGUUCUUGUUGGUGGCUUAAGGGCGCUCGACAUGCUGAACUAUGCAAAUCAGAUUGAUGUGCAAUCUAAUCGGACAACUGAUUACAGGCAUAAAGCUCAGUGGGUGGUCGUUCCGACCACCGAUAUCUGUGUUUACUCUGUACUGAAUCCAGAAGAACUAAUCAUAGAAAAUGUAGCAAUUAUAAACAGCUCUGAAACUGGCACUAUAAUUUUCACUUUAAGUUUUGAUAAUAAAAAGUUUGUCCACGUUCCUUCCGUAUCAAAAGCAAAUCUUUAUCCGAAUAUGAAAUAUGGAUUCAAUAGACGUCACUUUCUGAUAGCUACACACCAGUCACCUGAGUUUCUGAUUAAAACUUUGAAAGACGGAAAGGUGUAUUAUUCAGGGUAUGCCAAAACAUUUUCGGACGCCAUGUCCUUAUAUCUUAAUUUUACGUAUGAAUUCGUCGAACCCGAGGACAAUCAAUGGGGUAACUUUGUGAACGGUUCUUGGGACGGUCUAGUAGGACAACUUCUCCGGAGGGAGGUCGACAUGGCAGUUGCUGAAUUAACACUUACAACUGAACGUGAAUCGGUAGUCGACUUCGUGCUGCCCCAAUUUUUUACCCAAGGACUUGGCCUAGUCUUCCAAAAAGAUGAUACAUCCAAUAAAGGAUGGAUGAACAUAUUACAACCGCUUCAAAGUACAGUUUACUACACAAUUCUUGCUGCGACUGUGGGCUUUUCUCUCCUCAUGUAUGUUAUGGAGAGAUCAAAUCCUUUGAACCAACAAGCACAACCUCCUCCAAAAAGUCUUAAAAUGGAAAUUUGGAAUGUGUCGAAUUUAUUUGUAUCCGUCAUAGGUUGUUCUUUUCUUGGAAGUGAUGGUCUAAGACCUCGAACAUGUGCAGGACGUUUGUUAACAUUCGCUUUGUGGUUAUUUUGUGUCGUUAUGGCGGCAACAUACUCAGGAAAUCUCACUGCUUCCUUAACCGUUCGUCGUGAGAAUAAACCUUUUAGUACUUUAGCUGAACUGGUUGAACUUGAGGAUUGGAAAUGGGGAGUUCACCCAUCUACUCUUUCUGCUACUAUAUUGCAACAUACGAAAAGAGGAGAUUUUCAAAAGACUUGGAGUAAAAUUGAAGAAUUUAAUAAAACCGAUCCAAGUGUUCUUUCGACCUCGGGCGCUGAACAUAUACAAAAGGCUCUUGGUGGGAAAUAUGCUUAUAUUACCUUAGAUCCGGUUCUUUUUAUGUUACGCCGGAAUGACUGUGCAUUUGAUACAGUAACGGGUAUUGUACAAACGCAGCAUGUGGCAUUAGCCGUGUCUGAAAACUCUCCAUAUAGAAUUGAUAUUCAGAGAUUUUUGUUCCAUUUGUUUGAUAGUGGGGUGUUAGAACUGUGGGAAAAAAUGUAUUAUAAGGACCAACGUCCACGUGAGUGUCUAACCACAGAGACUAUCAGAGCCAUGUUUUUGGAGGACAUCAAAGGAGCGUUCGCUGCUCUGGGAAUUGGAGUGUCCAUUGCAUUAGGAAUACUGGUUGCCGAAUGUAUCUGGAGGUGUACGUCUAAAUGGAAAAGCAAAAAGCAGUUGAUAAUGGCAUCGUAA